UUGAUUCGGCAGUUUACGGUGCGCUCGGCUAUGAAGCGGUCCGCGGCCGCCCACGGAUGACCGGAGAACCGAGUCGGGCAACCAAGGACGCAGGCCAGGACGGCAGUGCACAUCACCAUGAAUCCCUUCUCGGACUACGAGAAGACGGACAUCUCGAGUGUGGUAUUCAACCAAGACUACUUCAGAACUUUUGAAGAAAAUGAAGAUCACCUAUUAUUGGAUAUGGAUUCACUCGUUCAAAGAAAGGAUGAGGAUCUCCUGAUGUCCCGAAUUUACGAUUCAUCGAUGAAAAAAUGUUCCCUCGGUGAAGACGCGGAGGAAGUGGACGGGACGGGUUGGUCGUCAAAGCCGAUCGAGGACUGGUGCCAGGAAGAGACGAUAAAUUGGCUAAUGACGGCAGCCUCGUGUCUUGGGCAAUCCUACGGCUCGAUCCAGCAGGGUCUCGCUCUACCCGGUAAGGACCUAGCGGCCCUCGGCCGCCACGACUUUGUUGCCCGGGAUCCCGUGUACGGUGAGCGGCUGUAUAAUCUCCUCCACACCCAGGCGGUUUCUAGCCAGUGUAAGAGCGCGAGCCUCGACUACUUCACACCGCGACAUGGCGAGCAGAGUCACACGGAUGAACGCGGGGCCGAAAACUUCCAGAGUCUUUGCAAUGAGGACGAGCCUCAAGCCAUUGGUUCCAACAACGCAUCUGAUGCGGAAUCAGAUAAUAGUAUAGAGAUAUCGACCAAACGUCCACCUGGCAGACCAAGGCUUUUGAAAACCAAAAAAAAUUCUACGAGUCAGGGAAAACUUUGGGAAUUCAUAAGAGAUUUACUACGUAAUAGAAAAACCUGUCCAAGUCUCAUAUGUUGGGAAGAUUAUUCGCAAGCGAAAUUUCGAUUUGUUCGGAGUGAUGAAGUAGCGAAGCUUUGGGGUUCACGUAAGGGCAACACAAAGAUGACUUACGAAAAGCUCAGUCGUGCUAUGAGGUACUAUUACAAAAGAAAAAUUUUCCUUCCAGUUCUUGGGCGUAGAUUAGUAUACCAAUUUGGACCAAACGCUACUGGUUGGCAAACCGACAAUCCAAAUUUUCGAUUUUGAACAUUGUAAUAGUGAAGCAUGUGCCAAAUAAAGUUUCUUGUGCCAGAGUCAAUUCAUGAUGGAUUGUGAAAAUUUUAUGUCGCAACUACUUCACACGCGAUUUCCAGAUAUAAACGAAGUUUAAAAGUAUAAAUCUUCAAGAAGACUGAAUCUUUGUGUUAAAAGUUUUUCUCUAGUUUUCUCUCUCUCUCUCUCUCUCUCUCUCUCUCUCUCUUCCUUUUUCUGUUAUCUAAUAAAACUAAACUAUGAAAAGAGAAAUUAACUGCACCGAGAAAAAGAAUAAAACAGUUUUGAGUAUCAUUGACAUUCUAUGUUAUUCAGCAUAGUAUACUUAAAAGCAAAGAAUAAAAAAGUGGACCAGUGUUGUUAACUU